AUGUGGUCCACGCCAUCCUCGCUCUUCUUGUCAGGAGCCCAUCAAUCCACUGUGCCCAGUGCGGCUGUCGAACGCUCCGCCCGAUCAGAAGUAUCCUUCCAGCCGACUAUCUCAAGUAUCGCAGUGCCAGACGCGCCCGCUGCAAGCCCACGUGAUCUGGCCACAGACGCCUCAGCACCCUUGCGCCGCCACUCAAAACGCACAUUUGAUGAUCUGUGCAUCCAUGCCAAGGAGCCUCACAUUUGUGAAGAAUGUAUAGGCACUGCCGGCAGCUCGCAGGCCUCCGAGAGAAUGAACAGCGGAAGGGCUAAUUCUGGGGAAUACCACCUAACUGAUGCCGACCGCCUAGCGUUUUCACUUGCCUUUGAAAAUGAGGACGAUGAGCUGAGAGCCGAAGCCGACAAGAAAAUAGCUCAUGAACUUAGCGAGUCUUGGAAUAGGCCUCAACCCGAGCGGGCUCAGUCCGAGCAUGACCCACAGCUAGCAGCAGCUUUAGCUCUUUCGCUUGGAAAAGUUCCCGGAAGCGAAGGUUUCGGACCCAGCGAUUACGCCCCCGUCCACAUUCCAAACCAAGAUACUCUUGCUGGAGCUCCAUCAACAUCUGCCGGAUCAGUAGGCCCUAUGAAUGGACAGCCGUCGACUUACUACGAUGAUGAUGAAGACAAUAAAGUUCUACAAGAAAUUCUUGCUGAGUCGAUUCGGCUAGAAAAUCAACGACUACAAGAAGCUGAGCGUCGAGCACAAGAAGCUGAGCGUCGAGCACAAGAAGCUAAGCGUCGAGCGCGUGGAAAACAGCCUUAUGGCCCAAUUUCAGGCCCAACUAAUCUUCAGGCGUUUGAGGAACCGUCCGAUAAUUUACCACCAUCGGCAGGACCCCUGAUCCCACGACGACGUCGUACCGUGCGCUUUAGAGACGAGGUCGACGUACCAUCCGAAGCAGCCCAAGGCAGGACACCACCCCAACAACAUACAAUACCAUCUGGACCGCCCCAACAAUAUACAACAGCAUCUGGACCGCCCCAACAAUGGAGUCCAUCGUCGGGAGGAUCCGGAGCUGCGAUUCCGGGCUCAUACUACAAUGGGCGACCACCUCGCAGUGGGGGACGGGAAGAAACCUACCCUGCGACACCGGCUGAAUACCAAGGUAUCGGAAGACCAUCUAGAGAAUCACAAGCUACUAUGCAGAACCGAUAUUCCGAUCGAAGGCAGCCCUCAACUCAGUCUGCGGACGGGAUGACUUCGCAAAUCAGGAAUUCGAUGAUGGAAGCAGUCAGGCCAUAUGGAUUGAUCUGGAUUAAAAAUAAAGCCGAGUCAGCAUUCGCGAUUGCCCUACCAAUUGCAAUCUUUUGCCUCUAUGUCUGGCACUACCUGAAGUAA